GGGAGGGGGGAGGGGGGACACAGAGGGAGGAAGAAGCGGCGGCGGCGACUCCUCUUUGCAGAGGGGGGCAAACUCCGAGGGAAAAGAGCAGGAAUAAUGCGGUAGGAAAGGCGGGCUCCCGGCUCCCGGCUCCGGCUCCGGCAGCAGCGGCGGCAGCCCGAGCAGCGGCAGCAGCAGCAGCGGCAGCACCCCCAGGCGCUGACAGCCCCGCCGGCCGGCUCCCUCGCUGACCGCCGACUGUCAAUGGAGCUGGAAAACAUCGUGGCCAACACGGUCUUGUUGAAAGCCAGGGAAGGGGGCGGAGGAAAGCGCAAAGGAAAAAGCAAGAAGUGGAAGGAAAUCCUGAAGUUCCCUCACAUCAGCCAGUGUGAAGACCUCCGGAGGACCAUAGACAGAGACUACUGCAGCUUAUGUGACAAGCAGCCGAUCGGGAGGCUGCUUUUCCGGCAGUUCUGUGAAGCGAGGCCUGGGCUGGAGUGUUACAUUCAGUUUCUGGACUCAGUGGCAGAAUAUGAAGUUACUCCAGAUGAAAAACUGGGAGAAAAAGGGAAGGAAAUUAUGACCAAGUACCUCACCCCUAAGUCCCCAGUUUUCAUCGCCCAAGUCGGUCGGGACCUGGUCUCCCAGACGGAGGAGAAGCUCCUACAGAGACCCUGCAAAGAGCUCUUCUCGGCCUGUGCACAGUCUGUCCACGACUACCUGCGGGGAGGGCCCUUCCGUGAGUACCUGGACAGCAUGUAUUUUGAUCGCUUUCUCCAGUGGAAGUGGUUGGAAAGGCAACCGAUAACCAAAAACACCUUCAGGCAGUACCGAGUGCUGGGGAAGGGGGGCUUCGGGGAGGUCUGUGCCUGCCAGGUGCGGGCCACGGGGAAGAUGUACGCCUGCAAGCGCUUGGAGAAGAAGAGGAUCAAGAAGAGGAAAGGGGAGUCCAUGGCCCUCAACGAGAAGCAGAUCCUGGAGAAGGUCAACAGCCCAUUCGUGGUCAACCUGGCCUAUGCCUACGAGACCAAGGACGCGCUGUGCUUGGUCCUGACCAUCAUGAACGGGGGCGACCUGAAGUUCCACAUCUACAACAUGGGGAACCCCGGCUUCGAGGAGGAGCGGGCCCUGUUCUACGCGGCGGAGAUCCUGUGCGGCCUGGAAGACCUGCACCUGGAGAACACCGUCUACAGGGAUCUGAAACCCGAGAAUAUCCUGCUAGAUGAUUACGGCCACAUUAGGAUCUCCGACCUGGGCCUGGCCGUGAAGAUCCCUGAGGGAGACCUGAUCCGAGGCCGGGUGGGCACCGUCGGCUACAUGGCUCCCGAAGUCCUGAACAACCAGAGGUACGGCCUGAGCCCCGACUACUGGGGUCUGGGCUGCCUCCUCUACGAGAUGAUCGAGGGCCAGUCGCCGUUCCGGGGCCGCAAGGAGAAGGUGAAGCGGGAGGAGGUGGACCGCCGGGUCCUGGAGACCGAGGAGGUGUACUCCCACAAGUUCUCCGAGGAGGCCAAGUCCAUCUGUAAAAUGCUGCUCACCAAAGACGCGAAGCAGAGGCUGGGCUGUCAGGAGGAGGGGGCUGCGGAGGUCAAGAGGCACCCCUUCUUCAGGAACAUGAACUUCAAGCGCUUGGAAGCCGGGAUGUUGGACCCGCCCUUCAUUCCAGAUCCCCGGGCCGUGUACUGUAAGGACGUGCUGGACAUUGAGCAGUUCUCCACCGUGAAGGGCGUCAACCUGGACCACACGGACGACGACUUCUACUCCAAGUUCUCCACGGGCUCCGUGCCCAUCCCCUGGCAGAACGAGAUGAUAGAAACGGAAUGCUUUAAGGAGCUGAACGUGUUUGGACCUAACGGUACCCUCUCACCAGACCUGGACCGGAGUCACCCUCCGGAGCCACCGAAGAAAGGGCUGUUCCAGAGAAUCUUCAAGCGUCAGCAUCAGAAUAAUUCCAAGAGUUCGCCCAACUCCAAGACCAGUUUUAACCACCACAUAAACUCAAACCACGUCAGCUCCAACUCCACCGGAAGCAGCUAGCUGCCGCUUGGCCUUGGAGUCCACGUGGGACAGGAGACCCUGUCCUGAGAAGCAGAACUUGUGACCGGCGGAGCGUCCACUCCGGACGGGUGGACGGGGCAGCCCGCCCGGAGCCGGCGAAGGAAGGAGGCGCCGCCCUCGGCACGGAGCCCCCGGGCUCCUCAGGUGCCACUCAGGUCUGUGCAGACGCGGCCCCCGAGCCGGGCGGACUGGCUUUGUCUCUGUCGACUAUUGCAAUAGAAAUCCAAUCGGAUACGACGACUUGCACGUAUUUUAAUAGCAUCAUAACUAGAACUGAAUUUUGUCUUUAUUAUUUUUAAAGGAAAGUUUUGUAAAUUUCUCUAUCGCCUCAGUUUACAUUUUGUAUAUUUGUAUUUAAAUGAAAGUCAGACUUGGAGGGUGUAUAUUUUCUGUGCAGCCACUGUUAAGCCAUGUGUUUUCAGACAUUUUAGAGGGGGCGGGCUGGGGGGGGAUUUACAAAAAAAAAAAUGUGACUCAAGACUUCCACAGCCUCAAAUGAGAAAACGUUUUUAUUAAAGGUAGAAAACGAUUCACGUUUCACCUCGAGAGGGUCGGUGGCAUCCAUCUCUCUAACCUUUGCGGGGCAUUGCCAUCGCCCGCUGGUCACUUGGAAGAAUCGGAAUUAAAUGCUCAGAGACGCACCUGGGACUGCACCGCCGGCCAGGACGCCCUGUGCGGGGCCCGUGGAGUGGCCUGGGGCCAGCUCCGUGGGAUCCACACGUCUCCUCGUUGCCUUGGCCCCGGCCCCCUCUUCCUCCUGCGAGACGGCCGUGUGCCGCGCCGGCGCCUUCAGCAUCUUCUCUGGGCCCCUUUCUUUCCAAGCAGGUUCUGACUGUAAAGUCAGUGUGUCUU